CACUUCCGCUUUAAAAGCGAAGCUGUGUGGAGCUGGAGAGUGUCGCUGUGGCGAUGCCGAGGCACUGAGCUGCCUUCAGUUCACCGCCGGGCCGGAUCUCUGCUGCACAGUGCGCAGCGUAUGCGCCCCCCGCCAGCACACUGGACUAGUUUAUCACACAUAUGAUCGAGGAUUUGGAUUUUAACUCUUAUUGUUUCCUAUGUGACAACCGGUGGACAAGACUUUAAGCAGGGAAAUAGCAGGUGAGUCUACGUGGCUACACCUGAGGAAUAACUCCUCGCUGAAUUUGAAACCAGUUUGUAUUCUCCUUCCAAUCCCACUUGUUGAUGGGGCACUAACAGGUUAUACCCGCAGUCACACCACGGAUGUACUCCGUAUGCGUAAUUUGGAUAAAACCUGAGCGACGGCAGAGCGAAGGAAGUUUUGACCUGUGAGGUUUUGUGGCAGUUGUCGGUGAUGUUUGGCGACCGGUAACAGCUAUCGGCAUCAGAUCGUAUUACACAGGCUGCUAACAGCGGCAUGGGGAACCAGAUGGACAAGCUGUCACAUUUAAGUUAUGCAGAAGUUCCUACAGUGGACCCGAACGGCGUGGACACGGAGGACGGUCCACGGAUCGGAGUCUCUUAUAUAUUUUCUAAUGACGACGACGAGCUGGAGGAUGGCUGUGCGGUCGAUAGUACAGACAGAGACCCGAAUCAGGAAGAGAAACAGUACGACCAGCAUGACGAGGUGGAGUGCGCCGUCUAUAACAGAGAUGAAUGCAUUUACGAGAAGAGCGCCAAGUCUGCCAACCUGGAGGUUUACUCCCCUGAGAAUCUACUAAACAAAUGUAAAGCAGGUGACUUGGUGGAGUUUGUGGCUACCGGUCAGUACCCGCACUGGGCUGUUUACGUGGGGGACUUCCAGGUGGUGCACCUGCACAGAGCCGAAGUGAAAAACAGCUUCUUGACAGAUGCGAGUCAAGGCAGGAGGUGCAGGAUUGUGAACGACUUUUACAAAUUCAAGGCUCUGGGUCCGGACAUGGUGGUGCAGAACGCGAUGGAACAAGUGGGUUUAAAGGACCGGGAGCUGAGCUGGAGAAACUCCGAGUGCUUUGCAGCCUGGUGCAUGUUCGGCAAGAGGGAGUUCAAAAUGGGUGGGGAGAUACGGAUAGGCAAACAGCCCUACAGGUUGAAAAUAUUCAUGUCCGACAAACACUCGCACGUGUUGGAGUUUCAGAGUUUGGAGGACAUGGUCAUGGAGAAGAGGAGGAACGAUCAUCUGGGCAGGACAGCCGUGUUGCAGGAGCUGGCCACUCAUUUCAGCCGCGUGGAGGAGAUAAAAAGUGAGCCAGACGCCGACUGAUGCUCUUCAGAACAAUUGCUUUGCAAGUAGAGUAGCCUUUACAGAACAUAAACUGUUACACCCUGCUUUAAUCUAUAGCAAGCCUCCACAACUUAACUUUAGUUUUAAUUGGAGAAUUUUCCACUUGGACAUUUCAGUUAUGGUCCAUGUUUUCACGUGUAUUAUUGCCUUAAAGCACCAAUCCUCAACAUCCUCCAAUGCUUAAUGGCCUUAGCAAUUAUGAAUUCAAUUAUCUGAGAGGAAUUGAAUUGAUAGGCUUGUUUGUAACCCAGCAGCAGAGCCACACAGAAUGUAUAGUUUUAUAAAAGCUUCCCCCAUCUGUCUCAAGCUGUCAUGAUUCUGUAAGUAGAGUGUGUGUUUCUCUAUCCAUAGUGUGUCCUGUUACUUGAUCUUUGUGUGAUUUAACUUCCUCAGCUCACCCAGACAGCAGAGUGUCAGAGCUGCUCACAGAAGAGCUUUCUGCCUUUAAGGGUAAUUCUUACACCAACAUAUCUGAAGAAAAUGUUGGGGAGCUGAUCUGUGUAACACUGAUCAAAGUCUGUCGUAAUUGUACCCAAAGGUAAAGUAAACCAUCCUGUCUCUUUUUGAAAUGAAUCUUCUGUCAUAUUGUUUUUCUUUUAUGCACAAGAAUUAGAAAGCAGACACAUCAUUUUCUUUGAUCAACUAACACUGUGUUUAAAAUGCUCGUCCUGUCAUCUUCAUGUGAAGUGUUUCUUACAAAUGAAUGUAAUUUAAAAGGUUAAUUGCUGUUGUUGUGACCUGCUGCAGAAGACACAUUUUCUUAAUUGUAGUCAAAACAGAGAAAAUUUGAUAUUUUCCUCUACAGACAACUUUAUGAACCGGUGAGUUCAUAGUUUGAUGGGUGUUUUUAACAUGUUAUUAUCCAA